AUGCCUCGAACUCUUAGCCGAGCUCAAGCCUACGACGUCCUGAGCUCGAUGGCCAACAUCGCCGGCUACCGGGCCAUGGUGGAGGCCAGCCAUCACUAUGGACGCUUCUGCGCCGGGCAGUUCACUGCUGCUGGCAAGGUAGAGCCAGCCAAGGUCCUCGUGAUUGGCGCAGGUGUGGCAGGGCUUGCUGCCAUUCAGCAAGCGAAGAACAUGGGUUGCAUCGUCCGCGCCUUUGACGUGCGUCCGGCCACCCGCGAGCAGGUGGUUGCUGCAGGAGGCGAGUUCUUGGAGGUCCAGAUUGAGGAAGAUGGCUCCGGGACAGGAGGCUAUGCCAAAGAGAUGUCCAAGGAGUUUAUCGAGGCAGAGAUGGAGCUCUUCCGUCAACAGUGUGCCGAGUGUGACAUUGUCAUCACCACGGCACUGAUCCCCGGCAGGCCGGCACCGAAGCUGCUCACAAAGGAGCACAUCGAUGGCAUGAAGCACGGAAGCGUCGUUGUCGACUUGGCGGCCGAGACCGGAGGGAACAUUGAAACCACCAGGCCCGGUAAAGUUUACGAGUACAACAACGUGACGCACGUCGGGCUGUCGCUCUAUGAGCACAUGCCCAGUCGCAUGCCUGCGCAGGCAUCGUUCCUUUUUGCCAACAACAUGGCCAAGUAUUUAUGCAGUAUGGGGCCUCCGGGCUACUUCUUCGUUGAUUAUGACGACGUACCGACCCGGGGAGCGAUGCUUUGUCGUGACGGCGAAUUGACCUGGCCUUGGAACCCGCCCAAGGUCGAAGCGCCACCAGCCAAGGAAGAGGAGGAGCCUGCUGAGGCCACCCUUGUGGCCGAGAUGAGCCCCGAGGAGGAGUCCUUUCAAAGCACCGCAUCCUCUGUGGCCCUUGUUUCGUUGAUCGUGAUGGCACUGCUGGCAGCGGGCACUGCCGGCCAGUCGGUGACGACGAUGCUCACCACGCUGGGACUGGCUCUCAUUGGUGGUGCACAGGUCGUUUAUGGCGUUGUGCCAGCGCUGCACUCGCCUCUGAUGUCGGUCACUAAUGCCAUCUCUGGGCUAACGGUUGUUGGCGGCAUCCUCAUGAUGGGAGGAGGCUACAUGCCCGAGACAUUGCCUCAGUGGCUGGCAGCUGCUGCUGCACUGAUCUCCAUGGUCAAUGUAGGAGGGGGCUUCGUCAUGACCAGGCGCAUGAUCGACAUGUUCAAGCGAGAGACAGACGUGUCCCAGUUUGCGGAGAUGUACGCUCUUCCAGCUGCGCUUUUCGUGGGCCUCUAUGCGGUUGGCACCUCCCUUGGAUACAUGGACUUGGCUUCUGAUGCUUGGUACUUCCUGAGAUUAGUGAUAAGAUUAGAUGACACUGGGAUACAGGGCGGUGCCACUUAA